AAGCUAGACUAGCGGGUAGAACUCGGCUCAGAAAUCUUAGGCAGCUCGCCGAAUCAGCUUGAUAAAUUCAUCAGCUUGAUAAAUUCAUUAUAAUGUCCUCAUGGAUCUUGGGCAGCUCGCCGAAUAGAUUCGAAAAUUUACUAGCUUGAUAAAUUCAUUAAUGUCCUCAUGGAUCGACGUGGUUCGAACCGAUGCCCAGUGAGCAACAACCCCUUUGAGAACGAUUACCAAGAAGAUUUUCUCGACCAUCGAAGUGAGGAAGAAGAGAACAAUUAUCUUUCCAAGGAAGAAGAUUAGGGCUUGGGAGUUGACAUCUCUAUGCGCGUCUCUAUGGCUAUCUCAAGUAGGAAAGCCAUAGAUAUGCGACCUAGAGAUGCCAACGCUCAACCUCUAAGAAGAGGAAGCGGACCGAGAGUCUCCAGACGGUCAUAGGGAACAUCAUCGAAGUACAAACGGGGAAAAGGAUCUCCGUCUUUCUUCAUCGUCCAAAGGAGAAGACAUUGACAUUAUAAAGAGAAGACCAGUUGUACUAGUUGCUUCUCAAAAAAAGAAAGACAACUUCAGGGCAAGAACUAGAACUACUACCACAAGGAAAUAUAGUCUGGAAGGUCCGGAAGCUGUAAGUGCGGUGGACCGUGAAGGAUCAUCUGCUAUCGAAAGUACUAAAAGAGUUAUCAAUAGGGUUAGCAAAAGAGGUGAACCUGCCGCACCAGCUAGAAGUACUAAAAGAGUUAUCAAAAGAGGUGGUGAACCUGAGGAAGCCUUAUCUUCUUGUCACGAAAGCGCGAGUCCAGCACUGGCAAGACGAGUAUAUAAUCGACCUGGGUACGGCGAAAUGAAUACUUCUGGUAAUGAAAGCGGCGAGAGGCGAAACCUCGAUGGAGGAGGUGGCAGAGGCGAACAUCGUUACGGCUUCGAAGUAGAGCUAGAGGAGUUAGAACCAACACUAGAUGAAAGAUAAUUCUUCAUGAUUGGAGAGAAUUAGUCUAAUUCAGCAGCAAUUCUAGAAGUUUGAUCUAUCAUCAGGAUGCCAACUUCCGUAUCGACUAGAAUUUCUCAGCGUUCCUAGUCAUGACAGUUAGGAUUAUACCCGAUUAUUGCUCUGUGUUAUUCUGUGGAGUACUGAUCAUUGCUCUGUGGAGUACUGAUCAUUGCUCUGUGUUACUCUCUAAUCUUAGGAUCGAUCGGGACGUCGGUCAACCGUGGGAGCUAGGAGCCAACGGCGCUCAUACCCCGAUGAAGGAAAAGUUAAGACAAAGCGUCUCUGGUGCAGGACAUGAUGCUUGACUGAAGUCCUCUUUACAUUCUUACUCCUUCGAAAUACUGACCUUAGAAAGUCCGAGGUCCAUCUUAUUAUUGUUGAUUACAUUUAGUACGUAGUAGUUUUUUUCACGUUUCUUUCAUCCUCCCGGUGAAGUGUCUUCUCAUCGUAACUCCAUUGACUCCAUCCAUGAUAAUGAUAAAAUCUUUUGAUGGUUUUUAGAGGCCAUUUUAUCUGCUUCUCACCUGAGUCCAAUCUACUUUUGAUGGUUUUUAAAGGCUUCUAACCCCAGUCCUACCACUACAAGCAGCACCACCACUACCACAACACGAGACCACACACAUAAGCAAGGGAAACAGAUGAAAGGUAAAGAUGGGAUGAACAAGGAAGGCUACUAUGGAAAUAAGGAAAUCCAUACUGGCGUCAUCCAUGACGAAAGUUCCGCACGGCUGUGGGUUGGCGGCUUGCCAGCGGAUAUCACUUUAGGACACAAGUCGCAAGUGGAGUAUGUUUUUUUGACUAUCUAAGUUUCACAAGCUUACGACGUCACAAGUUCUUUGCCGUUACAACAGGUUAGUAGGAUGGGAAGAUUUCUACGUUUCCCUGUAUCAUGUGGCUCCAUCCUCGUCGUCCCUGUAUCAUGUGGCUACAUCCUCGUAUUGUUUGGUGCUAGUCAAGAACAGCGAGACCUCCUAUUUGUUCUACCCCUAGCUACUUCUUCUAAUCCAAGACCGCACCUUGAAAGAGGGUUUUGCCCCUGUGGCUCAGGUGGUUGCCGUGGCCAUCAAAUUUAAGGUCAGCUUUUGUCCAUGUCGGCAUCUUGGUGCCCUGCUUUUCCCUUGUAUUUUCACUAUAGUUUUUUUUUAAAUAGUUGGAUAUGGAUUUCUUCCUUUUCAUGUAAUUUUGUUUCCUAGUUAGACGUGCUCCACCGGUAAUAUACAAGGGUAGUAAAGGGGCCAAGUAGAUGAGGGGACCGAGGUGCACCCUAGUAGCACACGCUAACAAAUAUCCGAGCAAUGGCCCCCCUUUUGCGUUUCUGCAACUUGAGACGCCAAAAGAUGCACAGAGGUGUGUGGAGGAGAUGAAUCAGUCACGGGCGUUCGGAUUGCCGAUUAAGGUAUCCUUGCUUCUACAUCAUAUACACUACAAGGGCACAUUCUUCAACAUCAUAAGCACUUACUUUUAAUAUAGACCACAGUACAUCAACAUCGAAUUAGCAUUGCUCUUUUUUCUGCUUUUAGCACCAACAAGAGAUAAGAGUUAUAGUUUUCGUAGUUUCUUGGUUCUGGGGUGUUUCGUGUACAAGGUUUCCGGCAUUGUUGACCAGGUUUCUGGCACGACGGUUGGCGGUGACAAAGUGGCGCUGUUAAGGCUUUGGAAACCCAUGAUGAGACUACAGAGCGUCAAAAGGAGAGGAAGUCGCGAGACCAGAAGUAGUAGUACUAGAGCUAAUUAUAUUGUCUUCAUCUACUACUACUACCACUACUACUACCGCUAGAGCAAAUACCCCUCGAAUGGGUACACUACUCCCACUACUGCUACUACGACUACUACUACUAUCUGUCGGCGCCUACUUGUUUUUAACUACCUCCUCUAAGAAUCAAAGGCGACGCGCACAAAGGAAAGGGGAGAGGAGGGAAAGGAAAAAGUCCUACGGCGCGGGACUCUGGACGCGGUGAUCAUACAAGUAGGCGCAGUCCUGGACGCGGUGAUCAUACAAGUAGGCGCAGUCCUGGACGCGGUGAUCAUACAAGUAUUAAGGGUUACCGAAGUGCAUCCUUCACUACCAUCAAGAACGAAAAAUGUCAUCCAGCAGCAAACCGCCUCUCUGUCUCCUGUGAUCAGGAUUUUUUUCGUCUCAAGUGGAAAACGUUUUUUGACUAUCUAAGGUCGUUCUGAAGAAUGUAAUUGCGCAGCCCCUAAUAG